AGAGCAAAAGCAGCCACGGACUCAUUGUGUGAGAGGGAGGGAAAGAGAGAUGGUGGCGGCGGGAUGAGGAGACGGCAGCUCCCCCAGUUCCUCCUCGCGCAACUUUUCCUCUAAGUGCCUCACAUGCACCGAAUGAAGCCCUCCUCCUCCUUUCCUGUGGGGUGAAAACGGGGACUCCUGGCGCCGAUCUCCUCUUUUUCUCUCUCUCUUUUUUUUGGCAUAAGUUACCACAUCUCCGGAGGGGGAAAGCGAGAGGAGGACUGAUGUGUUUCUUGGGAUCUUAGUCAGACUUGCAGGGACCAACUGGCACGCCUCCCUUCGAGGUCUCCCUAGAAUUUUGGAGGUGGCUAUAGGUAUAUUUUCCUUUUUCCCUUUUUUUCAGAGUGGAGGCACCUGGGAUCCUACCUGGAGAAGAGGCUUAUUUUAGAAGUUAUCGUUGUGGGUUAGUGCUUUCCCCAGCCCCCUUCCAGGUGCUAAGAGCCCCCCCUCCCAGGCCUGGUGUGCCUCCUGCAUAACUUCAACCCCAAGAGUUUUUCCUCUGUUCUUCAUACCCAUUACAAGGAAGUUUACAGUAACUUUGCAAUUUUGUUUCUCCUUCCAAAGUGGAAAGAGGAAGCCCUGAACUCUCUUUUCUGCCCCUUAGAACGGAAUUUACCUUUUGCCCUCGCGAUUCCAACUUUGGGACUCCCUUCUGGAUUUUUCCGAGGGACACCUGGGUUCUUCCGCUCGGCAUUUUAAAGUUGGAAGAGGGGGAGCGGUCAGCUAGCAUGGCUGCAGUUUUCUUCUUUUAAACAAUAUACAAGCAUUUUGACUUCUUUAAAGAGGCGCAGAGACCCAGGAGGGGAGGAUCUUCUCUUCCCCCGACCUGGUGGCACUGGGAAGAUGCCUUCCGUAAUGGAAAAAUCGGGGAUCCUGUCCAGAAGCCGGUCCAAGUCAGCCACCAACGGCAACCAUCAGAACUCAGAGGAUGACAGCAGCGAAGAGGAACACUCCCACGACAGCAUGAUCCGUGUGGGAGCAGAUUAUCAAGCUGUAAUCCCAGAGUGCAAACCAGAGAGCCCGGCUCGCUACAGCAACAAGGAACUGAAAGGGAUGCUGGUUUGGUCUCCUAAUCACUGUGUAUCGGAUGCCAAAUUGGACAAAUACAUUGCCAUGGCCAAGGAGAAGCAUGGAUACAACAUUGAGCAGGCUCUGGGGAUGCUGUUGUGGCACAAACACGAUGUGGAGAAGUCCCUGGCUGACCUGGCUAAUUUCACACCUUUCCCCGAUGAGUGGACGGUGGAGGACAAAGUCCUAUUUGAACAAGCCUUCAGCUUCCACGGCAAAAGCUUCGCUCGCAUUCAGCAGAUGCUCCCGGACAAGUUGAUUCCCAGCCUGGUGAAGUACUACUACUCCUGGAAGAAAACCCGGAGCAGGACCAGCGUGAUGGACCGGCAGGCCCGCAAGCUGCUUGGCAAGAAGGAGAAGGAUGACAGUAAUGAUGAGCUGGAGGAAGGACGACACGCCAGCGAGGGUGAAUUUGAUGCCGUGGAUCCCAAGAAGGAGCCCAGUUAUCAGAAGCCGCUGAACAGUAAGCCGGGGCCUGUGAAAAAGGAGGUCCAACUGUCGCAGUAUCGCCACCACCCGUUGCGCGCCCGCCGGCGACCCCCCAAGGGCAUGUACCUGAGCCAGGAGGACAUCACCGGCCUGUCCACCAGCCCCGACAUGGCUUCCCUCACACUGCGCCACUUGGACUCCCAGCUGGUGUCCCUCAAACGGCAGGUACAGAGCAUCAAACAGAUCAACAGCAGCAUGAAGCAGGUCUUGGAAGGAGGGAUCGACAAGCUGCGGCCGCCUGAGGCAAACGUAAAGUUCAAUUCACGCUGGACGACAGACGAGCAGCUGCUGGCCGUGCAGGCCAUCCGAAAGUACGGGAAGGAUUUCCAGGCUAUCGCAGAGGUGAUCGGUAACAAGACUGUAGCUCAGGUUCAGAUCACUGCCGUCUCCCGCUCCUCCUCCUCCUCUACCACCUCCUCGGCGCAGCAGCAGCAGCAGCAACCUCCGCCCCCCCCUCCGCCGCCCCCUCUCCCGGCUUCCCCUCGACCGCCACCAGCGGCCCUCUCCCAGCCACCCCCUUUGCUGAGGCCCACGCUCCCAACGGCGCCCACGCUGCACCGCCAGCCACCACCCCUGCAGCAAGGCCGCUUCCUGCAGCCCAGACUCUCGCUCAAUCAACCACCGCCGCCACUCAUCCGGCCAGCAACAUCGCGACAGGCCGUCCGGGGAGGCCAGCACCCCCCCUCGCUUCUUGGCGGGGGGGCAGGAGAGCCGCCUCCACCCUCCUCCGCCUCCCUCUGAGGAGAGGUUUCUGCCUCCUACUUGGCAAUCCGCGAGCCUCACGCCACAGCAGUUACCACUGGGAUUGGUACGACAAGGAUUGGUCUUUCACCCCCUGUACAGAAAUGUGUGGCACUGCUGUGGUGGCGACAGGAAAGUGGGCAGAGAGAAGGGGCCGCAGGGUCCCAGCUGUCAUCUGGUCCAGCUCAGGUAGCGUCUAGAAAGCUGGCAUGGAAGCCUCAUCCCCAGAUGAAUUGGGAUGAGGGGGGCUUCUUUUGGGGGGAAGGGGUGGGGAGAGAAGUGGACAGAUAGAGGAAUUGUAGCUUGGGGUGGGGGGUGGAUUAUGUUUACACUUUGCAGGAUUGGUUUGCAUCAGUGCCUGUGUGGAUGGGGGGGGGAAGAGGGGUGUGGUCAGGUAAAAGUGGGCUACAGGUAAAAGUAUAGGGAAGAGAGAGAGAGGAGAUAACAGCUACAGGGAAGGCACGUCUAGCUGAGCGGCAGAGAGAUCCGAGUGCUCCGUGCACAGCGGCAAUUCCUCCUCUUCUGCAGGCAGGGAAGCAUCUGGCAUGUGCCACAUGCUGGCUCAGGAAGGAGGGGGAGCGGUGCCUCGCUCGGUGCUCACCGGCCUCCCCGUGCACACGUGGACAACAGGCUUGGCACCAGGCAGUGGCAGCCAGGCCACCCAAAGGAAAAGUUGGGGCAGCCGUUGCGCGUGUGCGACUCCCUCCCUCCUGCCCUCCCGUCAGACAGGGCAGACGCGUUUUCUGUCCGCGGAGCAGUUUCAAUAAAGGUAUUUUGCUAUAA